GGAACUGUCAAAGUUGUGAAGUUGUUGUUGGGAGAAUUUUUUCUAAAUCUCUUUAUUGCUCUUCGCUAAGAUUCAAGUAAAUUAAAGCAAUAAAUAUUUUAUAUAAUGAUGGAUAAAAAGGUUGCGGUUAUUACUGGUGCAAAUUCUGGAGUUGGAUUAUCAGUUGCAGACCGUUUGCUGUCGGAGCAUGAAUGUAUACAUGUGUGUCUGGCAUGUCGCAACAAGGGUCGUGCAGAGAAUGCCAGAACAAGACUUCUGAGACGUCAUCCUGAUUCAGAUAUAUCCAUCGUCAUAGUUGAUACAAGUUCUGUCCAGUCAGUUAUUAGGGCUUCAGAGGAAAUAAGGAACAAGUUUACAAGACUUGAUUAUAUAUACUUGAAUGCAGGAAUAAUGAAAGUUUCCAGUAUAAAUUGGUCUAAAAUUAUAGCUAUAUUUUCAAGUGAAGGUGUACGAAUAUUGAGUACUGGCUGGGGAGUACUGAACCAUAUCAAUGAGGCAACACCAGAAGGUCUUCAAGAAAUAUUUGCUACAAAUCUCUUCGGACAUUUUGUUAUGGUAAGAGAACUGGAGGAUUGUUUAGGCAAAGCUCAGGAAACACAAAUUAUAUGGACAUCAUCACAGAAUGCUAAUUCUGAUGACUUUAGCUACACAGAUAUACAACAUAGAAAUGGAUAUUCCGAAUAUCCACAAGCACUGACAAAAUACAUUAUAAGAUUAACUUUACAACUACCCAAGGGAGAGAAACCCUACAGUUCAUCAAAGUAUGCAACAGAUGUUGUCAGUGUGGCAUUCAAUGAUAGACUCAAUAAAAAGGGCAUAUAUUCAGUGACCACCUGUCCAGUGGUUAUGUCUAAUUUGACGUUAGGUAUACUUCCUGCAUGGGUGUGGUUCCUUGUGAUGCCGUUCAUCUUCUUUAUGCGGCUAUUUGUGGGAUCCUUAACAUGUAGUGCUUACAAUGCAGCAGAAGCUCUGAUUCAUGUAACCAAGCAAAAAUGUGAAAGCUUAAAUCCAAGGAUAAAAUACUGCAGUCUAUGUUCAGUGCUUGGUAGACCAUAUGUUGGUGAAGAAAAGUUGAAUAUAGAUGAAAAAGAUGCUGAUGAUUUAUACAACCAGCUGGAGACCUUGUAUCAAGGAUUCAAGUUAAUGUAUAGAAAUAGUAAGACUAUAACAACACAAGGUCAUGUGACUGAGAUGAGAAAUGGGUUCAAGGCUCGGUCAGAGGAUGAACUUGACAACGAAGCACACAAUGGGUACCAGAAUGGAAUUCAUUGAUGAAGGAUGACAUUUUUGUGUUAUACGAGUAGAAUAGCUGUAGAUACAAAGUAUUAGGUAGUACAGUGACCGUGGACUGCUCAAAUAUCUAGUAAAUUAUUUCUUUAAAAAAUCAGGGUUUUUAUCAUGUUUUUCAGCAGGACAUAGAAAGGCCCGUCUGUUGAUUUUAAUCCCCAUAAUGUAGAAGUAAAACCAGUUUUUCUUAUCAUUUAAUUGUUUUGUCUUACCAUUUGAUUAUCUGUCUUUAUUAAGGGAUUCAGUUAGAGAUAACUUAAAUGUUUGUUUCCAAUUAAAAAAAGACAUAUUGUUUAAUGUUAAUUUUCUCAAAAUUCAUUUAAGAAUAAAUUUAUAUAAACAUUAUUUUCAUCAUCUGAUAAUAUAUAUACAUGUAUACUGACAAAACCACACGACUAUGUGCCUUCGUAUUUUAUAACUUGGUUUUAUGCAGGCUAUCAUAUUAUUAUAUGUAUAUGAAUUAUAUUUUAUUCUGUGGCAGUGACUGUAUCACCUUAACAGUUAACUAA